CUCUGGCACAGGCGCGCUUUACGGCAGCGUCUUCACGUCGUGACGGCUCUGCUCUUCAGUCUGCACGUGGCGUCUGAAUCGGCCGGACGUGGUAGCUGCUUUCUCCUCCGCCACGAUGAAGCGGCCUAAAUUAAAAAAAGCAAGUAAGCGCAUGACAUGUCAUAAGCGGUUUAAAAUCCAGAAAAAGGUACGGGAACAUUACCGAAAAGUGAGGAAGGAAGCCAAGAAACGUGGUCACAAAAAAACAAAGAAAGAUCCUGGUGUGCCCAACAGUGCCCCCUUCAAAGAGGCCCUUCUUCGGGAAGCCGAGCAAAGAAAGCAACAGCUUGAAGAGCUAAAGCAGAAACAGAAACUUAACAAACAUAAGGAACAAGGACAGAAACGAAAAUGUGAUGAAAAUGAUGUUGCUUCAUCAAAGACUGAACCACCAAAAACGGAAUUUGUGGGAAGAAAGGCAACGCUAUCUUGCAGGGCAGUCAAGCAAGGUUCAAAAAAAUCAUUUUGUAGAGAACUUCAAAAGGUGAUUGAGGCCUCAGAUGUUUUGUUGGAAGUUUUGGAUGCCAGAGAUCCCUUAGGGUAUAGAUGUCCCCAGUUGGAACAAGUCAUUAUGAAGACUGGAGGAAACAAAAAACUAUUCCUUGUCUUGAAUAAAACAGAUCUAGUGCCAAAGGAAAAUUUGGAGAAAUGGGUCCAUUGCUUGAAGAAAGAACUCCCAACAGUUGUUUUUAGAGCCUCAGCAUUUGCAAAUGAAAAGAUAAGGCUGCCAGGGAAGAAGAAACUGGACCUCAGCAGGCAUGGCAUGUGCUUGGGUGGAAAGAGCCUUUUAACACUCCUCAGUGAUUUUUGCAAGACACAAAAUAAACCCAUUCGAGUUGGUGUGAUUGGUUUCCCAAAUGUGGGUAAAAGCAGCAUAAUCAAUAGUUUAAAGCAAGCAUAUGUGUGUCCUACUGGACCAGCCAUGGGUCUUACAAGAUACAUGCGAAUUGUCCACAUUGACAAGAACAUCACAAUGUUAGAUAGUCCGAGCAUUAUUGCAUCUCCUUCUAACUCUGCAGUUGCUCUUGCUUUGAGAAGUCCUACAAAUAUUGAAGACAGACCGAUAUUAGAUUCAGUUACUUCAGUCGUGGAACACUGCAAUAAAGCACAGCUAAUGUUACGAUACAACAUCCCAAGCUAUAAAGAUUCUCAAGAAUUCUUGACUCUGCUUGCACAGAAGAAAGGAAUGAUGCGGAAAGGUGGCCUACCCAAAGUGGAGGAGGCUGCUAAAUUGUUCUGGUCUCACUGGAUAGGUCCCAAAAUGAGCUACUAUUGUCAGGUUCCUGCAUCACUGACUCUUUCUUCACAUCUUACUGAGGGUAUUGUAGAAGAUAUGCAACAGGGUCUUGAUCUAGAGGAGUUAGAAAAAAACAAUGUGGGUGCCAUUAGAGCCAUCAGGAGUCCCAGGAUGUCAAGUAGCAUCUUAUUUGAAUGCUCUGGUCUGACUAAUGGCAUAAUAGAGGAGAAAGAUGUGCCUGAGGAAUUGCCGAGGCAGGAAGAGAGUGAAGAGGAGGAGGAGGAUUGUCUUUAUGAAGAGGAAGAAGAGGACAGUGAUGAUGAAAAUGAUGUUGAUGAAAGAAGCAGGUUAGGGACCAAAAGACAGAAAGUUGAAGUACCGUUGGAAGAAGAGCUCCAGUCAGGUAAAAAGUUUGGUGCUGGAGGAGAAAAGUCCAUUCAUGUGGAUGAGAUAACAGAGGAAGAUGACGACACUUACGAUUUUAAUACAGAUUAUGUGUAAUGAAUCCUAGUCCCUUAUGAAGUUCUGGAGUCACUGUUGACUUGAUUGCUGAGCUAUCUUGAUACAAGAUAACUUUGUAAAUAUGGCAGGAGAAACAUGUAUGGUAAUUAUUUGUAAAUAUGUGAAACUUGGACAAAUGGGUAGGAGAUAGGAUGUCAACUUUUUACAUAAGUAAAGUAUUUGUCAUAAAAUAAAUACUUCGUCACCAUUGA